AUGGAGAAAAUAUCUUUGAUGAUAGAUAAUAAAAGCUGGAACAACUCGGUUUCCUUUUUCCGGGAGAGGGGUUUUUUUGUCAAAUGCUUUGGGGAUUGGCUGGCGGUGGGAAAGAUGAAGAGUUGGUGCACUAAGACUUGGAAAUGCAAUAUCGAGCUUAAAACCCUUCCAAAUGGUUUUUUCUUGGUAAUAACAGAGGAUAAUAAGGAUAAGCAUGAAAUAUUGAAUAAUGGACCUGUUUUCAUGGGUGGAAGGGGUUUGUACAUUAGGGAUUGGGAGCCAAAUUUCAACCCAGUGCUAGCCCCGAUAGAAAUGGUACAUGUCUGGCUCAGAUUAUAUAAUCUACCCAGAGAAUACUGGAAUGAGGAUUUUUUUCAAGCAUUGGGUAAUAAAAUGGGGUUCUUCAUCCGAGCGGAUGAGGCCAUUGAGACCAAAGACUUUAGCAUGUACGCACGAAUAUGUAUUGGAUGGAAACCCCACUACCCACUUCCUGAACAAGUGGAGAUCAUUACAAACGCAGGACAGUGGCUUCAAAAAAUAGAGAUGGAGGAGUCUAACGAAACCUGUCAACUUUGUAAAAAAGAAGGACAUUCAGAGGAGACAUGCCUUAUAGGCCCAAAAGGGAAAGCGGUGGAGACAACGAUAGAAGAUGAGGUGAACUUUUUUGCAAGUAAGGUCAACAUAAGCAAGGGAAUGAGACCCUUGGAGGACGAGAUCCAAGCCAAUCAAAACCCUAUAUUGCAGGGGGAGGUUUCGAAGGCCCCCAUCAUCACCGCCCUGGAAGAAGAAGAGAAUGUUCCCGAAGAUGAUAUACUCAACAAGCAUAGGGAGGCGGCAGGAUGGGUGGAAGAGGCCAUUACAAGAGUUGAGAAAGUAGUGGAUAUUCUGGAUGAGGUUAAUGCCAAAACCGCCUCUCCUACAGAAGCAGGUACCAAUGUGGAGCUGAAUCAGCCUUCGGAGAAGGAAAUGGGCUCAAGGUUGGAUUAUGAGGAAGUCAAAGAUAAUAGAGAGCUGGAAGGAGCUGAGGAGGAUGACGAUUGGGGCUGGAUGGACGAGGAGGACAUUGUGGAAAUACAAACCAUAGAGCAAUCGAAACUGACUUGUACUAAGAUACGAAUAGGAGAAAAGAGAUUGAGGGGCAGAAAGUCAAACCAAUUCAAAAUUGCGAUGGCUGGUAGUGCGAAAGGCCAAAGUAAAUUGACAGUAGGGAAGGGAGUCACCCUUCCUGAAGGACAAUGA